ACCCACAGCCACUACACUCUGUCGCAGUCUUCACCUGUGACAAACCGACCAUUCCGAGCCAGUCGCCUUACUCAAUCCCUUGGAUUCGAGUCUUUAUCACUCCUCGAAUAGAGAAGUUUGCCUCUUCGCCGCCCAAGUCCCAGGCAAUCGCGUGUAUACACAGGACCAAGAAGAGUAAAUCUAAGAAGACAAUACUAGCACCAUGAACGCGCCAGACAGAUUCGAGCUCUUCCUCCUCGACGAAGGCCAAGAAAAAGUUGAGGAAAAGGCGGAAACCCGCGUCCCAAACACCGCCGUAUUCACCUUCAACAAAGAAGACCACACCCUCGGCAACCUGCUCUCGCAGCGCCUCCUCAAAAACCCCGCCAUCAUGUUCGCCGCCUACAAGGUCCCGCACCCGCUCUUUGCCACCUUUGAGCUGCGUGUCCAGACCGACGGAUCCAUCACACCCAAAGAAGCCGUCAUGAAGACGUGCAGGGAAGUUAUUGCGGAUCUGAGCAAGCUGAAUGAUAGUUUCCAGACGGAAUGGAUUGGCAAGCGCAUUGUCAGUGAGGGCGAGGCGGAGAGGGCGAUGAGGGAGCAGAAUAAUUUUUAAGGGAGAUGGUGGAAGGGAGCAGAAGAGCGGGUGGGAGGAGUGCAGGGUGCAUGCAAAGGCGUUUUCUUAUCGAAGGUGCAUGCUGUGAUUCAUGAUUAUGGCGUUCUUGGGGGAGGGACGAAAGGCGACUUUUGGACAAUACGAAUUUAUCGAAGAAUGAAAUAUACCUAUUUGCGCGAA